AUGGAACCACGUAAUGAUACAAAAAUUUCAGAAUUUCUCCUUCUGGGAUUUUCAGAGGAACCAGAACUGCAGCCCCUCAUAUUUGGGCUUUUCCUCUCCAUGUACCUGAUCACUGUGUUUGGAAACCUGCUCAUCAUCCUGCUCGUCAGCUCAGACUCCCACCUCCACACCCCCAUGUACUUCUUCCUCUCCAACCUGUCUUUUGUAGACAUCUGCUUCACCUCCACCACCAUCCCAAAGAUGCUGUGGAACAUCAAAACUCAAAGCAAAGUUAUAACCUAUGAAGGUUGCAUCACACAAAUUUAUUUUUUCAUACUCUCUGCAAUGUAUUUUUACAUACUCUUUGCAGCAUUGGAUGAUUUUCUGCUGACCAUGAUGGCCUAUGACCGCUUCUUGGCCAUCUGCCACCCCCUGCACUACACAGUCAUCAUGAACCCCCGACUCUGUGGACUGCUGGUGUUGGUGUGCUGGCUCGUUAGUGCCCUGUUUUCCUUGUUAGAAAGCUUACUGGUGCUACAGCUGUCCUUCUGUACAGACUUGGAAAUCCCCCACUUUUUCUGUGAAAUCAAACAGGUUGUACUACUAGCCUGUAGUGACACUUUUCUUAGUGAUGUCUUUAUGUAUUUUACAUCCGUGCUGUUGGGUGGUGGCCCCCUGGCUGGUAUUCUUUACUCUUACUCUAAGAUAGUGUUCUCCAUACGUGGAAUCUCAUCACCUCAGGGGAAAUAUAAAGCAUUUUCCACCUGUGUAUCGCACCUCUCAGUUGUCUUCUUAUAUUAUUGUUCAAGCCUAGGAGUGUACCUUAGUUCUACUGGUGCCCACAGCUCACAUUCAAGUGCAACAGCCUCAGUGAUGUACACUGUGGUCACACCCAUGCUGAACCCCUUCAUCUAUAGUCUAAGAAAUAAAGACAUAAAAAGCACUCUGAAAAGAUUCUUUCAGAUGGCAGUUAUAAAAAGGAAAAUUGUUCUGGAUCUGAAGAAUCAUCCUUGA